AUGGAUAAUUAUGCCAGCGAUGAAGACACAGAUGAAGACUUUGACACCCAGUUCAUCAUUCAACAGAGUUUACAGGAUAUUCAUAAGCCAGGAACAGCACAACAUGCACCUAAGGAUGAGAGCUCCCACUCCUUUUUGAGUGCUGACUAUAAGAAGAUAGUUGAAACAAUAGAGAAAGGUAAGGAAGAUGCAUUGUCACACUUAACCAAGUGCCAUUCUGCUUUUGAUGAAGCAGAUGAGAUAGGCUGGAUUCCUCUGCAUAAGGCUGCAGUGCAAUUAAAUAAGAAAAUUUUGGAAAUAACCCUAAGCGCUUCAGACCCCAGUCUGUGGGAGCAAACCACUCACAAUGGUGAAACGCCACUGUUUUUGGCUGUCAGCAAUUGCCUCUUAGAAAAUGCCACUUUUCUUCUUCUCAAUGGCUGCAAUCCAAAUGCUAAGAAUUUCGAAGGCAAUUCUCCUCUUCUUACAGCUGUGCUGCGUGACUCCUAUGACAUGGCUGCCUUGCUGAUCAACUAUGGAGCAGAUGUCAAUCUGCGUUGUGCCAACGAGAGGACAGCUCUCCACGAGGCAGCCAAACUGGGCAGAGAGGACAUGGUGAAGCUUAUGCUGGUUUCUGGGGCACACCCUGACCCACAGAGCACGUAUGGAUUCACUCCUCUUGCUCUUGCUGCCCAAAGUGGACACACUGAAAUCAUGGAAAUGUUACUGCAGAAAGGAGCUAAUGCUCAUGGUCAGGCCUCUGAUUCUUCUUCCAUUUUACUCGAAGCUGCGAGUGGAGGAAAUCCAGAUGCUGUGGCCCUCUUGCUGGAGUACGGAGCUGAUGCCAACAUCCCUAAGAAUUCAGGCUACCUGCCCAUCCAUGUGGCAGCUGACAGGGGCCACUUACUAGCUCUAAAGAUACUGAUUCCAGUUACGGAUCUUGCUGCCAUUAAGCAGAGUGGGAUCAGUCCAGUUCACUGCGCAGCAGCAGGAGCACACCCUCAGUGCCUGGAACUCCUCAUCCAGGCUGGAUUUGAUGUGAACUUCAUGCUGGAUCAGAGAGUUAGCAAACACUACGAUGACCACAGGAAGUCAGCUUUGCAUUUUGCUGUAUCAAACAGUGACCUCUCUUCAGUCAAGCUGCUUCUGAGUGCUGGAGCUCUGCCUAACCAAGACCCGGUUAACUGCCUCCAGAUAGCCCUCAGGAUGGGCAACUAUGAGCUGAUCAGUCUGCUGCUAAGGCAUGGGGCCAAUGUCAAUUACUUCUGCAGAGUUAACCCUUUACAUUUCCCAUCAGCACUGCAAUACACUCUGAAAGAUGAAGUCAUGCUCAGGAUGCUGCUGAACUAUGGGUAUGACACACAGCGAUGUUUUGAUUGCCCACAUGGAGACAAAGUCCAUCCUUCCUAUACUGUUGAAGGCUGGACAUCUACAGUUAUCAAAGAUACUAAGUUCUGUGAAGUAAUAACUUUGUCAUGGCUGCAACAUCUCUCUGGAAAGGUUGUUCGAGUGAUGCUUGAUUAUGUUGAUCAAGUUCGGAUCUGUUCAAAGUUGAAAGCUGUGCUCCAAAAACAGGGGAUCUGGUCAGAAAUACAUUUUAUCUUAACAAACCCUCGCUCCCUAAAACACUUGUGCCGCCUAAAGAUCCGGAAAUGCAUGGGACGUUUACAUUUGCGCUGCCCUGUAUUCAUGUCAUUUCUUCCAUUACCCAAUCGUCUAAAAGCAUAUGUCCUUUACAAAGAAUACGACCUUUACGGACAAGGAAUUUUUACAGGAACCUGGUAA